AUGGCGCGCAAGGUGGCUUCGUCCGCUCUUCGCCGUAACGGAGCUCGCAUCCGCAAGGCGCUGCAGGUGUGCGACCUCGCCGAGCACUCGCAGCAGCUCGUGCGGAGCUCCCCGCCGCUGCGCGUGCUCGGGCUGGAUGUCAACACCAAUAGCACAGGUUUCGUCGUCGUGACGGAGCGCGGUCGCGUGUGUCGUUGGGGACACAUCCCCACUGCGCAAUUCGCCAGCGCCGACGUCUUGCACAUCGGCGGCGCCAUCGACGAGUUCCUUGCUGCAGUUCGAGCUGCAGAGCACCAGUCGCAGCCAGACGCCCAAUGGGUUGUGGGCAUCGAGGCGUUCAUGCGCAUGUUCCGUUCCGGACGCUUCCACAACGCGGGCAUUUUCCAGUUGGCGCAGCUCAAUGGCAUCGUGUCCUACGCCUGCUGGAAGCGCUUCGACGUGCUGCCACUGCACACGCACCCGUCGGCAGCGCGCGGCUUCUUCGGUCUCAGUGCGCCAUCGUCGGCCUCCGCGAGUAGCAAGAAGAGCAGCAUCAAGCAGCAGGUCAUGGGGUUCCUGGAGCAGCAGGAGCCCGAGCUCACGAAAGCCGCAGGUCAGCAGGAGGACAUAGAGGCAUCAGCUGCGCUGCCGAGCUUCGAGCGGACGCGGACCGGUGCGGUGGCGGACUCGGCCUUCGACAUCGCUGACGCGUACGUCAUCGCGGCGUACACUCGGUGCGCGCACCUCCAAAAGCAGUUGGAAGUGCAGCAGCCUCAACUGGUCGAGCACUUCUCGACGAGGUAUUUGGAGUUGACGCACGAAGCAGCGGCGAAGACGAAGAAGAGCUCGUUCGAAGCGGAGACGUUGGACGCUAUGAGUGAACAGGAGAAGCUCGCGUACACGCGCGACCUGUUCGCGUUUGGAAUUGAGAACUGGUUCAAAGAGAACAACACUUGCUUCAUGUUGCAACAAGGGGUUAGAUAA